UGGAGCUCGUUGGUAUGGUGUGGCUUUGUUUUGCAUCCGCACGGGGAGAGUGAUGGAGGAAGCAUCAGUAACGCAGCGCGGCGUGUCUUCCCGAACCGAGAGAAAGGCACAGGAGAGAGCCCAGAUCCUGCAGCGGGAGAACCAGAGGAAGACUUUCAAACUGGUGUCGAAGAUCCUGAAGAAGUCCGAGCUCGAGCGCACGCCGGAGGACGCGGCUGUCCUGCAGCUGCACGAGGACACUGUGAGCGAGCUCUGCAAGCGACAGAUCCGCCAGAACUCGCUGAAGAGGAAACAGGAGGAGGUGUUUGACAGUGCAGAGGACCUGCAGGAUAAAGUGCAGCGUCUGGCGGCAGCUGUCCGUCAAGCCAGGCAUCUAGUGGUGUACACCGGAGCCGGCAUCAGCACGGCGGCCUCCAUCCCGGACUACAGGGGCCCGCAGGGCGUGUGGACCCAGCUGCAGAAGGGCCGAGCCGUCAGUGCUUCGGACCUGAGUGAGGCGGAGCCUACGCUGACGCACAUGUGCAUCCGGGCGCUGCAGAGGGAGGAGCUGGUGCAGCACGUGGUCUCUCAGAACUGUGAUGGUCUGCACCUGCGCAGUGGGCUUCCCAGACACGCCCUGUCAGAGCUGCACGGCAACAUGUUCAUCGAGGUGUGCGCCUCCUGCUCCCCGGCGCGGGAGUUCGUCCGGCUCUUCGACGUGACGGAGCGGACGGCGGUGCGGAGGCACGGGACGGGGCGGGGCUGCGGGCACUGCGGGGCGGAGCUGAGGGACACCAUCGUGCAUUUCGGGGAGCGGGGCACCCUGGACCAGCCCCUCAACUGGAGGGGGGCGGCGGCCGCGGCCGAGAGGGCCGACCUCAUCCUCUGCCUGGGGUCCAGCCUGAAGGUGCUGAAGAAGUACACCUGUCUGUGGAGCAUGAGCCGGCCUGCGAGCAGAAGGCCCAAGCUCUACAUCGUCAACUUACAGUGGACUCCGAAAGAUGACCUGGCAACCCUGAAAAUCCACGGGAAGUGUGACGAUGUAAUGCGUCUUCUGAUGAAGGAGCUGGACAUCCCCAUUCCUGCCUACCACAAGACAGAAGACCCUAUCUUUAGCCUGGCCAUACCGCUGCGACCAGAUGAAGAGUCCAGCCACACCCGUAAAGUCCUAGCGCCGCCUGCUGGCCAGGAGGAAUGUGUGCAGGGCUCCACGGGACAGGCUGGAGGCACUGCGGUUCAGGGAGGCUGGUUUGGGCGUGGCUACUCCAAGGGGAGGAAGAGGAAGAAGCAGGCAUCAACCUAAAAAUCACCAGCCGGAUUUAAAAAAAAAAAAGACACCUAUCGAUGAAAGUAUUACCCCAGUCCUGCUGUGUCAUGGAUGGACUUCCCUCUUUUAGCUUGUUAGCUGUGUGGAGGGUAUAGAUUAUUUUUUUUGUGCACACUUUACUUUGUCCUCAGGUAAUGAGCUGAAGCAAUACUUAACCUGCGGGAGAGCGACAGGCAUUCUGGCCGUGGUGGCAAGUGUUAGUCUAGACCAGAGGUGGCCAGUUCUGUGCCAGUCGUCGAGCUAACUGGCUGUACACACCAACACUGGGUCACGUGCAGAUUACAUCACAAUGGACUAAACAAGCUAACUGACUGUACACACCAACACUGGGUCACGUGCAGAUUACAUCACAAUGAAACAUUUCACACAGGGACACAGGAACAGUGUUCAGCUGACAUUUGUGGGCUUUUCGAGAAAUCUAGCUAAAAUGUCAGGUGGUGUAAACGUUUGGCCUAAUUGAGUAAUUAGGGCCAGAAGUUGCCAUGGAAACCAGAAAGGCCCUUGCUGUCCACCCUUGGUCUGGAGAAAUGGCAGCGUCAGCUGUGACCGUGUUUACAUAACUUUUAUUUUUAUUUUGAAAUUGUUCCUUUUUCAACAGGAAUGCUAAAAAGAAAAGGUUUUGCGAGCGAGGAAAAAAAAUCCUUUUGGUCUUAUUCUUAAAAUCAGGGGUCCCCAGUCCGUUCUGAAAAAGGCCGGUGUGGGUGUUUUUGUUUUAGUCCAGCAAUGUGGUGCCUGAUUCAACUAAUGAACUAAACGCUGUCUUCAAUCAAGACCUUGAUAAGUGCUAUCAGGUGUCCUAGUGCCGGGCUAAAACAAAAAUCUGUACCCACAUCGGCCCAUGUUGGAUACGAGUAGGGACCCCUGCUUAAAGUGUUACAUGAUGUUUUUCAAAACCUAAAAAGACAAACCAGCUCAGCCUCAUUUAAAAAAAAAAACCACAAAUAAGCUGUAAUGCCAGUUUUUCUUCUGGGAAGAUUUAUUUUCAGAAACGUGGGCAGAUGUAAAGACAGCUGAGGGUUAUGAUGCCCGUGGUACAUGUGUAAUGCACUGGGAUGGCAGGCCCAGGUCAGAUGUGUAGCUGGAACUACAGACACCGGGAAAUCUCCUGCAGAUUCCUUUAAAUCGUAAAAUGCCUAUCUGUUUUCCACCACUAUACAGGACACUAGUUUCUUAUGAGUCCACACUCUUUGGAAUGUAGCAUGCUUUGAGAAUUCUCAGGGAAUUGCAAGAGCGUGUUCGUAUUUGACUGCAGUGUGAAAAGUUAAAAAGGGGGGGUGGGGAGGGUCCUCAACACCCGUCCUGCAGAGCAGUAGGUCUGCUUGGUCCCCCCCCCCCCCCCCCCACCUUUUCACCUUAAAAAACCUGAAACUUAACUCAGCACCUAGAAACCAGGUGAGUUUGAGUUCGUUGUGCCAUCACCUGCUUUAAUUGAUGUAAUAAUACCGGAGGCACACCUGUGGCUGUCCUCACCUGUGGCUCUCCACACCUGUGGCUGUCCUCACCUGUGGCUCUCCGGGACCUGGGGUGAGGAGCCUCGAGGUGAAGCACAGGUGUCUGAGGCAGACGUUACAGGGCAGUACUGUCUCCUGGGUUGAAGCCAUACUGGAAGGCGUCCUGGCCUGGGCUGGGGGUGCCCACGGUUUACAGCCUCCCCCGAGGCCUAGUGCAGCUCCUGCUUUCUGAUGCUUUACAUUUUUUUGGCGGUUUUGCAGUUUGUGUGAGUUUUUGUACUCCGCGGUGUUUAUAAUUCCGAUCUUUUUCUAUUUUGAUUUGAAGCGCUGUGAGAAGCACAAUGACACCCCCCUACACCCCAAACUCAGUGUUCAAACACAAUAAAUAAAUGCUUCAGACAUCAA